AUGUCUGCCGACGACGAGCCCAAGCCCGUGCCUCUGCCCAUUGCUGAGAUCGACAAGCUUUAUUGCACGCCUGGCAGUCUCUGGGAGCUCGAGACGGUCAACAUCAAGGGCCGCCCCACAACGGUGUGGAAGAACUCGCCCAAGUCGUUCCGUUCGUUUUUCCUGGCCAAGCUCGAUGAGUACGCCGACAAGCCGCUGCUGAACUGCGCGGCCCCCGAGCCGGCCCCCGUCAGCGAGCGUGUGACCUACCUGUUCGCCGAUGUCAAGAAGGAGGCCGUGUCGGUUGCUGCCUGGCUCGUUGCCCACGGCGUGCGCACCGGCGACAAGGUGGCUGUCAUCGGUUACAACACCGCUUCCUGGAUCAUCGCCUUCACGGCUAUCGGCCUGCUUGGCGCCGUCCCGGUUGUCGUCAACGCUGCGGUCCAGCCUGACUCGAUGCUUCACUGCCUUAAGCUCACGCAGCCCAAGAUCAUCCUCGCCGAUGCCAUCUCGAGCUCGACCCUGUCGUUUGUGACCGACAAACUGAAGGCGGCCGGCGUCGGCCCCGUGUUCUCGUGGCAGAAUGUCGACCACCUGAAGAAGAAGAAGCACGUUGAUGUCAUCGACUUCAAGAACCUCGGCACCAGCGCGCAGGCCGAAGACGCCGUAAUCAAGGGCACUGGCUUCGGCGUUGAGAACCUCGGCCCCGAGUCCGACGGCAUCAUCUUCUUCACCUCCGGCACGACCGGCUACCCCAAGGCUGUCUUGUCGUCGCAGCGUGCCUCUCUCCACUCGAUCGUUUCAGGAACUGCAGGUUUUAUGCGCAUGGGUCUGCGAGCUGCUGGCCAGAUGGCCCCGCACGUCGUCGACAUGAUCAAGGAGCUGAUCUUUGGCCCCAAGGACGACCCGCCCGUAACGCUGAUGGCCGUCCCGUUCUUCCAUGUGACUGGUCUGUCGAUUGUGCUUAAGGCGUUCGAGGAUGGCAUCAUGAUGGUGACGAUGCGCAAGUGGGAUGUCGAGGAGGCCGUCCGCCUCAUGACGACGUACAAGAUCAACUCGAUGACUGGCGUUCCCGCUAUUCUGCUCGCAGUCAUGCAGAGCCCUAACCUGCCCAAGGACCACGUUUUGCUUGGCACGAGCUACGGCGGUGCGCCGGCGCCAGAGCGCAUGGCCGCCGAUGUCAAGGCCCGCUGGCCCGACAUCCACUGCUUCACCGCAUGGGGCAUGACGGAGACCAACGCCGCGCACACCGUCUUCGGUGGAAACGACUACAUUGAGAACCCCGCCGGUGCCGGUUUCGCGCUCCCGGUGACUGAGGUCAGGAUUGUCGACAUUGAGACGAAGCAGCCGCUGCCCGACGGAAAGAAGGGCCUCAUCCUCGCCCGCGGCAUGACCCUCAUGAAGGAGUACUACAACGACGCGGCCGCCACCGCCAAGUCCUUUGACAAGGACGGCUGGUUCGACACCGGCGACGCAGGAUACCUUAAGGACGGCAUCCUCUACGUCGCCGACCGCAUCAAGGACAUCAUCAUCCGUGGUGGCGAGAACAUCUCGAGCGAGGAGGUCGAGAACGCUGUCUUUCUCGACGACCGUGUUGGUGAGGCCGCUGCCGUUGCUGUUCCGCACGACAUUCUCGGCGAGGAGGUCGCUGUUGCCGUCUCUCUCCGUCCCGGUGCCCCGAAGACGACGGCGGAGGAGAUCAGGCAGGCGGCCCACGGUCGCCUCCGCUCCCACGCCCGCCCCGUCUUUGUCGUCGUGUACGAUGACCUCCUUCCGCGUAAUCACAACGGAAAGAUCAUCAAGACAGAGGUCAAGAAGACGGUUCAGGAGCUGUACAAGGAGCACAAGAAAGGCGAGAAGGCGAAGGCGAAGCUUUGA